CAGUUCUAGACAAGGCGUCAAAGUGAUUCGACGCUCAAAUUCCACAACCGUUCAGCAAAUAUUUUGCCAGCGUUUUUUUUCGAAUCUUAUAUUAUAAACCACUUUUCACAACAUGUCUAGUGACAACUCAUUUGAAAUGAUUGGAUCGCUUUCCGCAUCAUCAACAGAAGCCAACGCUGGGCCAUCUAAUGUGACCAGAAUAAGCGGGAAAGUGCCUACCCUUUGUAGUGAGGCUCAAGUACAAAUAAAUCAGAACAACAUAAUGGAGCCAAAAUCCAGUAAAUCAAUGUCGUUGGCGAAUAACGAGAAGGCCACGCAAGUAAAUACUUUGGAUCGAUUCGCGGAUGAUGUGCCUAGAGGCCCAUCUGGAACGUUGCGAACACGAGGAAAGCAAGUCACAAUUCUUGAUGCAGAAGAGAGACACGGAGGCUGGAAGCAGUUAAUUGAUAUGGAAGUAGAUUCACGAGCGAAAAAUCUGACGGCUGAACAGAGGAAACAAAUCAAGGAUCUGAUGGCCAGUAUGGUGAACAUCUAUGAACUGUCGGAGGUAGAGCAGCACAGCGUUGAAUCAGUUGAUGAACCAACGCUGACAACCUUUACCUCUGCUCAAUGUUCGAUGACUUCUGAGGACAAUAGUUAUGAGUAUCACAGCGAAAUGGACGAGCAUUACCAACAGAUGAUGCCAGUUGAUAAUUUCGUGAUCCCUAAUGCUGCGAUUGACAAAAUGUACGCAGAGAAAGAAAUACUUCCUGAGCCUCAUUCUUCGUCUACAUAUUACGAUUUUUGGAAUGUCAUGCAACACACCGCUGAUGUCGCACCAUUCUGUACGUAUAAAUUGAAUGGGAAUAAGGCUGCGAAACAGAAGAACAACAAACUAAUCGACGAACAAAGUGAAGCUUCCAAAAAAUUAGAAGCAGAAAACGAAAAGCUCAGGCAAAUUGUUUCAAGUGCAACAGAACAGACGAAGAUUGACCAGGACCAGAGCGCUAUACUCGAAAAGCAGCUUGAAGAGACACGCAAGCAGAUAAUGACCGAACGGGCAUCCGCUUUAGCUGCUACAGAUGAUUUAACGGAACAGUUAUCUGACAGGGAGAACGCCCUGAAGAAUCAGACCCAAAUGAUAAAAUGUUUGGAGCGUAUAAUAGAUGAAAAGCUGAUGAAAUGUGAGGAAAUGAAACUAAGCAACAACAACCAGAGAGCUAAUUUGGAGCGUGAUCAGAUUUUCUCCUCGCUGAUGAUGAUGUCUAUCAGUAACCACAUGAAAGAACUUGAGUUGGAUAUUUCGGCAAAGGAUGCAUUACUAGCGGAGCAGAAUGACAAGUAUGAGAUUUUCAGAGAGCAAUCGGGAAUACUGCAGGCACAAUUGGACUUGUAUUACUCUGAGUCAUUGAAUGCUUCAUAAAGAGAAAAGUAACCAUAAACGUAAGGAAUUAGCUGAUACGCUUAUCAUGAUCCAUGGAUCUCUACAAUUAAAACUUGUACUAUUCAUCACAUAAAAUAUGAAAUUUAGUCUUUCAUAUCAUUCAAAUAUAAUAAAUUAUUUACAAAUCAAA